CCGGCCGGGAGCGCGCGGCGCGCUCCCCGCGCGCGGGAGCGCGCCGGCCGCGCCGGCGAUGGCGUCGCCGAGGGCCCAGCUGACCAGAGGCGCGCCCCCGCUGUCGCCUUGCCAGAUCCUGAAGCACGAGCGCGGCGAGCGCGGCUGCAAGAGCCUUCGACGCUAACGGGGAGACGUACUGCCUCCAGGAGGUCCUCGGCGAAGGCAGCUACGGGUCCGUCUACCGCUGCGAGCGGGCCCGGGACGCGGCGGUGUUCGCGGUGAAGAUCAUCGACACCAUGCGCAUCGGCUUCGUCGGUGGCCCGGAGGGCGUGCGCGCGGCGGAGCAGAUGGCCUCGCGCGAGGUGGACGCGCUGCGCAAGGUCUCCAGCCACCCGGGCAUCAUCUCCCUGGAGGGCGCGUUCUUCUCGGACAGCACGCGCCAGGUGUUCAUCGUUACCGAUUUCGUGCCCGGCAGCCACCUCUUCUCGCAUGUGGUGCAGAGGACGGUACCCCUGAAGGAGGCGGAGGCGUCGCACAUCGUGGCCCAGCUCUCCGACGCCGUCUCGUUCUGCCACGCCCUUGGCGUGGUGCACCGGGAUCUGAAGCUUGAGAAUGUGCUCGUGUCGAGCAUCGACGUGCGCCUGGUGGAGCGCCAGGACUCCAGCGGCGUGUCGGGCUGGCACACGGAGGAGCUGUUCUCCGUGAUCGUGUGCGACUUUGGGUUCGCGAAGUCCCUGGAGCGCUUCACCACCCGCACGCCCAUCGGGACGGUGUCGUACACCGCGCCGGAGGUCCCAAUCGAGCGCGACGAGGCGAG